AUGGCUUCAUCCUCCUCCACAUCGAACAGUACCUACUCAAACCCGCCGUGCGCCGCCUGCAAGUUCCUCCGGCGAAAAUGCCUGCCGUGCUGCGUUUUCUCCCCUUACUUCCCUCCCGAGGAACCCACCAAGUUCAUCAACGUCCACCGCAUAUUUGGUGCCAGCAACGUCAGCAAGCUCCUCAACGAGAUCCCGCCACAUCAGCGUGAUGACGCGGUCAACUCCCUCGCCUACGAGGCGGAGGCCCGACUCAAGGACCCCGUUUAUGGCUGCGUGGGUGCCAUCUCAGCACUCCAGCGCCAGGUCAUCGCCCUCCAGCGGGAGCUCGACGCCACCAAUGCCGAUAUUCUUCGCUUCGCGAACAAUAAUGACCCGUAUGGGGGAAACGGGUUUGGGAGACGGGCAGCCGGUUCGUCGGGUUAUUUCGACCCGAAUACGGGUUUUCUGUUGCCGUAUUCGAAUUGGGGAUGGAAUAAUGAUGCGGCCGAGUACAUGUUUUCAGAUUCCAUAUGA